AUGGCCCCCUUGAGGUUCACUGUCAUGUUUCCAAGUUCCAAUUAAAUGAAAUUCCCCCAAAGUACCAUUUUUCUCCUGUCUUCUGUAAUGGAGCUCAGCAGUUGAUUAUCUCUCUAUACUCAGUACAACAAAACCAAUAUCAAAAGAGAUCAAGAGAGGAGUCCAUGGAUACACUUAAAAGGUUUCUAGGGUUUCUGAUUCAGUAGUUAAUGAGCUAAUUUUUACAGUUACUGUUCGAUAUUACAAUAAUCAACAAACGGUUACUAUCGGGUCAAUGGCACGCGUCGCCAUAUGGUAUAAUGGAAAGGUUGUCGAUGACAACCCUCAUAAUCCGAAGUAUGUGGGUGGGAAAUUUAAAAUGUUUGAUGUUGGUGAGAAUAUAGCAGUGAGUGAGUUCUUUGAGAGUGUCAGAGAAAAAUGUGGUAUCGGGAGUAGUAUCCGCAUUACAAUAAAUUAUCGUCUUUUCCUUAGCUCCACCUCUGCUGCGCUUGUUGACAUUGCUGGAUGUGACACACUUAGUGAUUUGCUGUCGGGAUCUGAGAUACAUGCAUUUUAUGUUCAAAAAGAAUGUGCACCAGCCGAAGAACCGAACCCGAGGGAAAUAAUUGAGAGAACUUCUGCUGGUAGCAAGGAACCUUUCCCUAGAGGGACGGUUGAAAGAACAUCUACUGGUUCCCAAGAUAGUCGUGUUCGGGUUCAAGGCUCAUCCUCAGCACAUGUCGUUCCAGAGCAGCCAAAUUUGAACCUUCUUAAGACGAGAAGCAGUACUACAGUACAGACACGUGCGAUGAGGAGGCAAGAACAAGCUCCAUCUGGCCUUGCUAGGGAAACCGUGGUAGCAGAUGUUGCAGAUAGUUCGAGGUUAUCACCGCACCAUUCUUUCGACAAUGUCAUAGACGGUUCAUCUGAUAGUUCCUCCUUGGAUGAUGAACAACACAAUGAACCAUUGUUGAUCUCUUCUUGGGAUGGUGGGCAGGAUGAAAUGGAAUCUCCAACUGAUAAUCCAACACGCCCGAACACUCAAGCAUCUGUGAGGCAUAGAUCAGUUUCCAAAGCAGAUGUAGGACGCCGUAGGUUCACUAGUGCAGAUCUUAAUGCUCCUAUUCUGACAAGUUCCGCUCUAGACAAUGAGUUUUUUGUGGGUCAAAUCUUCGAGACGAAGCAGAAAUUAAAGUUUGCUUUGCAUGAUAUAGCAGUAAGGUCCAGGAGAGAUUUGAGGGCCUGUAAAAGCGACCAGCAAAGAGUAGAGUGGAAAUGUGGAGCAAAAGGCUGUGGAUGGUGCAUUCGGGGAAAUAAAAUUGGUGAUUUGCAUCAUUUAGAAUUACUCGGUAUUUGAAACCUCAUACAUGUAAACCACUAGAAGGGCAGUUGGAUCACAAGAAAGCAUCAGUUGAUUGGAUUGCUGCUCAGGAAAAAGAGAUGCUGAAGAUUCAGCCAGAUUUAAGCACCAAAGAGAUAGUUACAAACAUCGAAAAACGGUUUGGUAUCAAAAUUUCAAGUACAAAGUCAAAAAGGGCUAUGACAUCAGCAAAAGAAUCUCUUCAUGGAAAUUACAAGGACUCCUUUGAUAAUCUUAGAGGUCUUGAGAGAGAAUUUACCAGGAAAGGAGAUGGGACAGUAACGAAUCUGAUUGUCAACAAUGAUGGAACAUUCAGAAGUUUCUUUUGGGCGUUUGGACCAUGUAUAGAAGCUUUUAACAUUUGCUUGAGGCCAGUAAUGAUAAUGGACAGUACAAUCCUAACAGGACUUUACAGUGGAGCGCUAUUGAUGGCUUGUGGAGUUGACGGAGAGAACGAAAUUGUGCCAAUUGCAUUUUCAGUGGUUGAGGAAGAGAAUGACGACGGCUGAGGUUUCUUUGCACAAUGCAUACAAAACCUCGUCUUGGGUCCAAGUCGUAAAGAACUAACCAUUAUCACAGACAUGAAAGACUCUAUUGUCACGUCAAUAAAGCAAUUUCUAUCAUUAGCCCAUCAUUCAUUCUGCCUUCAGCGGCUGACAGAGAAUUUUGUCUCUAAGUGCCAUGAAAGGAUUCUCGAGGAUUUAGUAUGGCGAUGUGGGACAGCAUUCACUAGAAAAGAGUGUGACUACUUCCUGGAGCAUUUAAGAAGAGGGAAUACUCAAGCUUCAUAUUGGUUGGAAGCAGUGGAUAAGAACUUAUGGACAACAAGCUAUUUUGGUGGGUGCAGGUACGACAUUUACACAACAAAACUAACUGAAAGCUUCAAAGCCAUUAUUGGUGACGUCUUAGACCUUCCUAUCACUGGACUGGUUCUCGGAACACGUACUAAGGUUGCGGAUUAUUUGUAUAAGCGUCAACAGGAUGUUUCGGAUAUUUCCAAUGGAUUGACAAAGCACUAUGCAAGACUAUUGGAGACUUCUCAAUUAGAACCAAACAUCUAUAAUGUAACACACUUCAGUCUGCAUGAGUCACGAGUGUAUAUCCAAGACCAAGAGUUUUCAGUGAACUUAGAUGGACGCACAUGUUCGUGUCGUCAGUAUCAGUUAAUGGGAAUGCCAUGUGUCCAUGCAAUUGCGGCAAUACAAGCUCGGCAUUACAACAUCUAUGAUUAUUGUGCGUAUUGGUACACAGUUGAAACAUACCGUCAAACUUAUUCAAAGACACUUUCUGCUAUUCAAAGUUGUAUUGAUUGGCCUUGUGAGCCGAACGACUCUCCAAUUUUGCCACCAACAUGGCAGAAGAGAGUGGGUCGUCCAAAGCGUAAGAGCAUAGAAUCUCAGUCACUUGUUCGUGGUGGUACAGUACGAUGCGGAAAGUGCAAGGAACCUGGACACAACCGACGUAACUGUGGGGUCAAGUCAGCAUAAAGUGAAGAUCACAAAGAGAGGAGACUGAAGAGAUCAUGUACCUCAAAAAUGGAGGUAUGGUAUUUGUCAUGUAAAUCGAUAAAUGGGAGGUUGUUAGAGCACUACUUUGUAACUUUCUCUAGUUUGUCGAUUUUAGUAUUAAGAAUCAUGUGAAAGCACAAGAUUGAACUUCUAUUUUGUUGCCUAAUAUGUCUAGAAAGUGUUUCUAGAGUCUCUUAAGGAUUGAAGAACACAGAGACUUGAAGCUACAGCGGCAGUGAAGAAGAUCUUGUCAACAAUGGGCAAACUACUUGAAGGUCAAAGUGACUAGAAGACUUUAAUGGAGAAUGCUUGAUUUGUUUCCACAUUACCAUCUCACUAACAUGAAUAGGUAAAGGACUUUUAUGUUGAGAGUUGAGACCAUCAAAGGGUCAGAGUAGAAUUAGGUUGAUGUGAUCCUGUGGAUCUGUCGGAGCAUAGCUUUGUAUUUCAAAUGUUUCAUGUUUUGUAUGAGCUUGUAAGUGCGUGAUAUAAGCGUGUGGUGUAACUGGUACGUACAAGUAAUCUGUACGUUAGAGACCGGUUAUGUAGGUUAGCCGUUUCUAGCUUUUAAAUAGAGAUUCUCAGAUCUCUUUCUGUAACAAGAAAAACAAUUCAAUUAAAAUUGUAUAGAGAGAAAUGUCCAACGACUUUACUUCUCUCAAU